AUGGCCAAUUCCUGCUGCUCUCCUUGCUGCCAGCCUUCCUGCUGCAGCACUGUCUGCUGUAAGCCAGCAUGUGUGACCAGCUGCUGCUGUCCACCCUGCUGCCAGCCCAGCUGCUGUGAAACCACCUGCUGCAAGACCACCUGCUGUAAGCCAACCUGUGUGACCAGCUGCUGCUGUCCACCCUGCUGCCAGCCCAGCUGCUGUGAAACCACCUGCUGCAAGACCACCUGUUGUAAGCCAACCUGUGUGACCACCUGCUGCUGUCCACCCUGCUGCAAGCCCAGCUGCUGUGAAACCACCUGCUGCAAGACCACCUGCUGUAAGCCAACCUGUGUGACCAGCUGCCUCUGUCCACCCUGCUGCCAGCCCAGCUGCUGUAAAACCACCUGCUGCAAGACCACCUGUUGUAAGCCAACCUGUGUGACCAGCUGCUGCUGUCCACCCUGCUGCCAGCCCAGCUGCUGUGAAACCACCUGCUGCAAGACCACCUGUUGUAAGCCAACCUGUGUGACCACCUGCUGCUGUCCACCCUGCUGCAAGCCCAGCUGCUGUGAAACCACCUGCUGCAAGACCACCUGCUGUAAGCCAACCUGUGUGACCAGCUGCUGCUGUCCACCCUGCUGCCAGCCCAGCUGCUGUAAAACCAACUGCUGCAAGACCACCUGUUGUAAGCCAACCUGUGUGACCAGCUGCUGCUGUCCUCCCUGCUGCCAGCCCAGCUGCUGUGAAACCACCUGCUGCAAGACCACCUGCUGUAAGCCAACCUGUGUAACUAGCUGCUGCUGUCCACCCUGCUGCCAGCCCAGCUGCUGUAAAACCACCUGCUGCAAGACCACCUGUUGUAAGCCCACCUGUGUGACCAGCUGCUGCUGUCCACCCUGCUGCAAGCCCAGCUGCAGUAAAAUUAUCUGCUGCAAGACCACCUGCUGUAAGCCCACCUGUGUGACUAGCUGCUGCUGUCCACCCUGCUGCCAGCCCAGCUGCUGUGAAACCACCUGGUGCAAGACCACUUGCUGUAAGCCAACCUGUUUGACCAGCUGUUGCUGCACACCCUUCUGCCAACCCAGCUGUUGUGAAAUCUGCUACUGCCAGCCCUGCUGCUGCCAGCCCUGCUGCUGUGAGCCCUGUUCCUGCCCAACCUGCUGUUAA